AUACUGAAAUUUUUUUUUUUAAUUAACUGAAGAAACGAAGAAUUUGAUGAACCUUUCAUUUCUCUAACAUCCAAUACCCGCAGUAGCCUCUGUUUCUCACCCAUCUCUCUGUUACUCUCUCUAUAUAUAUCAUAACCUCGUAACCUCUAAGCUAAAUCACUGCCACUCCAUCUCCCACAAGAACAAGAUCUUCCUCCCUUUCUCACUUCACUUCCAUUUCCUCAAUUCCGCCAAGAUCUCUUCCUUAAUUGGGGUAAUAGUCCGCACGAAUCUACCUUACCUGAAAAUUAAAACCAAACCAAACAAGAUCAUUCUCUGAUCAAUUCUUCUUUUGGUUAAUUUUACCAUGUCUCUGAAACUUCUUCUCAUUCUUCUCCUCGUCCUCACCUCCAUCGCGGCGGCUCAAUCCGCCCCCUCGCCCGGACCCAGCAAAGAAACAAGCGAGGCUCCAAAGCCUAAGUACUCCGAUCUGCCGGCGGCAGAGCCGACCGUCGUGGAAGCAGGGGAAGCUGCGGUGGCAGGGGAGGGUGAAGGGCAGAGGAAGAAGCACACUGACAAGUCGGUGGCAGGCGGCGGAGUUAUAAUCGGCGGCCUUCUCACCGCCGUGUGUAUGGCGGUCUUCUGUUACAUACGCGUGACCAGGAAGAGAGACGACGAGCUGCCGAUGUUUUUGGAGAGGAAAUCGACGGAUGCUCUGGUUUUGGACAGACAGUCGGUUACGUCAUCACCUUCUUCUCACUGAUCUUUCUUUUUCUCUUCUAAUCCCUUUGUUGGAGUGGUUAAGGCGUUAAACAAUGCUAAUUAGUUGAGUUAUUACCGGGCUUGGGUUUGUUUACCGAUGAUGAUUUAGCUUCACACUUAGGAGCGUUAGUUAGAUCUGUCCUAUGUAAUAUUUUUUGUGAAUGUAUAUACACCUAUUAAGAUAAUUUAGUGUC